GUGAUUGACAUCCUCCCCAAAGGCCAGGCCCUCCUUGGAUAGGGACCCUUUUGGCACCGUUCUUCCACGUACUCUCUCCUUUCCUCGCUCUAAUGCAUCCACAGCUAAUGAGGCAUCCCUUGAACUUGCUCUUUGGCCACAUGGAGAACAGACUUGGCCGGUCCUGCCACAAGCCUUCUCUUUGAGCCCAUAUUAGCACAUCAUGAGCCUCCUUGCACAUUUCUUCCCUCUCUUUAAACAGCUGCAAAGGAGGAGGGAUCACCAAGCAAGCUCCCUUUGGAAUUGGGAUUCCUUCUGGGUCCUACGGCCGGACUCUGCAUCCUUGCAGCCUCUCUGAAUGCCUCCCCAUUUGUCUCUUGCUUGGAUUUUCCAUGCUCAGACCCAUCUCUGGCACCGGCUUCGGGGAGCCCCUUCUAAAAUCCCCUCCUUUUUUUUUUGGUAUGCUUUAUUCUAAAUCACUGCCAUGAGGAAUACGAACCAGCUCCUUUUCUUGGCUGCGCUUUCCUUUUACAUUAACGGAAGUGACACAGCUGAUGCUGAAGAAAGGUUGAUGAACCACCUCCUCAACACUUCUCGCUACAACAAUCUAAUUCGCCCGGCCUUCAACUCCUCACAACUGGUCGUCAUAGAGCUGCAAGUGGUCCUGGCACAGCUCAUCAAUGUGAAUGAACGUGAACAGAUCAUGACCACCAAUGUCUGGCUCAAUCAGGAGUGGACAGAUUACCGCCUGUCUUGGGAACCUUCGGAGUACGAGGGGAUCAAUAAGCUAAGGAUACCGGCUAAGAAAGUUUGGCUGCCAGAUAUCGUGCUGUACAACAAUGCCGACGGCACCUACGAAGUCUCCGUCUACACAAACGUGGUGGUAAAGAACAACGGCAGCAUCUUCUGGCUGCCUCCCGCCAUCUACAAAAGUGCCUGCAAGAUCGAGGUGAAGCACUUCCCUUUCGACCAACAAAACUGCACCUUGAAGUUCCGCUCGUGGACGUACGACCACACCGAGAUCGACAUGAUCCUGAAGAACACCUCGGCCAGCAUGGACGACUUCACUCCGAGCGGCGAGUGGGACAUCGUGGCUCUCCCCGGGCGGCGGACGGAGAACCCUUUGGACCCCAGUUACGUGGACCUGACCUACGACUUCAUCAUCAAGAGGAAACCGCUUUUUUAUACCAUCAACCUCAUCAUCCCUUGCGUGCUCAUCACCUCCUUGGCCAUCCUAGUCUUCUACCUACCCUCAGAUUGUGGAGAGAAGAUGACCCUUUGCAUUUCUGUCCUGCUCGCCUUGACGGUGUUCUUACUCCUGAUCUCCAAAAUCGUGCCCCCGACGUCGCUCGACGUCCCGCUGAUCGGGAAGUACCUGAUGUUCACCAUGGUCUUGGUGACCUUCUCCAUCGUGACCAGCGUCUGUGUGCUGAACGUCCACCACCGGUCUCCCAGUACGCACGCCAUGCCACCUUGGGUGAAGGUGGUCUUCCUGGAUAGACUGCCCCGCUACCUCUUCAUGCGGCGCCCGGAGAACCAUUCUGCGAAGCAACGGCUACGCAACCAGAAGAGGAGCAAAGCAGAGGCCCUGGGAGACUCAUCCAAUGCCUACAAGGGUUCCACCUACUUUGUCAACACGGCUUCGGUGAAGAAGUACGACCUCAAACUGACGGACCACCCGGACCACGCCGGCAGCCACCAAGACGUGAGGCUACGCUCCUCGGCCAAGUUUUCUCCUGAAGUCCAAGAGGCGAUCGAGGGCGUCAGCUUCAUAGCGGAUCACAUGAGGAGCGAGGACAAGAACGAGAGUGUCGUCGAGGACUGGAAAUACGUGGCCAUGGUAGUGGACCGGCUGUUUCUCUGGAUAUUUGUCUUAGUCUGUGUGGUGGGGACUGUCGGGUUAUUCAUGCAGCCGCUUUUUCAAAACCAUUUGAUUAUCCCGACUCCUUGAAGACAACGCUGAGGACUAUUGACUCACCGGAUCAGCUGAAUCCCAUCUUGGGUUUUGCAAGCAUUGUUUCGAAGUCCAGACGAAGAAGAAAAAGGGGGAAAACAUCACUAUUCCAUUUAACGUUCUUCUUUAUUAAAAUGCGCUGAAGGCUUGCGGUGGCUGGUGAAAAAAAAAAAGCAAAAAAAUUAGUCACAGAACAACGAUUCAUUUGUUAAUUGUCUAUCAAUGUCACUGAACAGAUUCCGGCUUUUUAGGUGGCUUCCAAAACAAGGUUAGGUCAGAGCUUCGGAGAUCAGAGCAAGAAUACCUCUUAUGUUGGGACUGAAUGAUUGCCUCGAAUCUCAUGUUUAUUUGCUCUUAUGGAUCGAAAUGAAGUAUUUUCUAUAUGGGCUCUUUAUGAAGUUCAGCAAAAAAAGUUUCAUUUUUUAGCUGGGUUGUCAGGAGCUGGACAUGAACCUUAAGAAUAGGUUGGUUUACAGAUACAAACCCCGUCUUUCUUUGAGUUUUUAAGCGAUGCUAUAAAAGGAGAGAACAUAUGGAAAGAAUUGCAGAUGCCCAUAUCCAAAUAUGCCAGUAAAUGCAUUUGAUUCAACAUGUUGUCUCUAGAAAUCUCUAGUUUGGUUGCUGUGAGUUUUUUGGGCUGUAUGGCCAUGUUCCAGAAGCAUUCUCUCCUGACGUUUUGCCCAUGUCUAUGGCAGGCAUCCUCAGAGAUUGUGAGGUCUGCUGGAAACUAGGCAAGUGGGGUUUAUAUAUCUGUGGAAGGUCCAGGGUGGGAGAAAGAACUUUUGUCUGAAUCUUUUGUUGAGAGGUGUUAGCUGGCCCUGAUUGUUUCCUUUUUUUUGGUGCUGAUUUUAGAGUUAUUUUUAAUGCUGGUAGCCAGAUUUUGUUCAUGUUCAUCACCUUGCAGCUUCAAAGCCUGACUGCUUCCUGUCUGGGGGAAUUCUUUGUUGGGAGGCGUUAGCUGGCCCCAAUAGUUAAUUGUCUGGAAUUCCCCUAUUUAGAGGAUGUCUGCCAUAGAUAUGAGCAAAACGUCAGGAGGGAAUGCUUCUGGAACAUGGCCAUACAGUCUGGAAAACUCACAGCGACCCAGUGAUUCCGGCCAUGAAAGCCUUCGACAACACAAUCUUUAGUUCCUUGAGGAGACUAAACAUAUAGACACACUGGAAGACCUAGAGAUUCCCAAAGAGAGAAUAUUUUAAAUCAAAUCUGUGACAGCUUUAUAGGAAAAGAGCUUGUAUGAAAUGCUUUGGGACCAGAUGUGUUCUGGUUUGUUUUUUUUUAUUUAUUUCGGCUUUUGGAAUAUUUGCAUCUACAUAAUGGAGCUGGGACCCAAGUCUCAACACAGAAUUAUACACAUAGACGGAAGUUCAUUUUGCACUCAACGUUCUUAAUAGUUUUGCGCAUGAAACAAAGUUUGUGUACAUCGAACCAUCCGGAAGCAAAGGUGUCACUAUCUCAACCACCCAAGUGGACAAUUUUGGAGUAUUUCGGUUUUCAAAUUCCAGAUAAGAAAUGCUCAAAGGUGCUACAAAAGAUCCCUUUGCAUACCUCCCGAUGUUGUUGAACCGCACGUCCCAGCAUUCCUCACCACUGGCCAGGAAGAUGGGAGUUGGAGUUCACAAAUAUUCGGGAGGCUGCAUGAUUCUUAUAUCUACCAUGAAAAGAGCCUGCUGAGAAUUACUUUUUAAAUGCAAGUAACAACACACGUUGGAAUACAAUUCCCUGUAUUCUUCUCAAUGUUGGCUAGGGCUGAUGGGACUUCAAGUCCAAAUGGUUAGGAUGUUUACAGCUUCAUAAAAGCUGAUCCUCAUGCAAGACACAAACCUGAUGAUGAAAUACAAAGAAAGGAAGGGAAAGGGGAGAGUCAAAAGACACAGAAUGUGAGAGUUUUUAAAAAGGGAAAAAAUAAAAUGGAGUCAAAGAUGGGACUGAGAUCUGAAAAAACGACUGUGUUAAAAUGCUCUAUUUUGGUCUUUUAUAGAAAUGGGAGGAAAUAUGGGAAUAAAACAAUGACUCUGAUGCAGGGGCACAAAAGACAGUCUAUUAAAACAGUAUUUUCCUUAAACA